ACUCUUCCCAAAGACGCCCUGGUCCUUCUUCGGUGCACUCAAACCAUAUGUGUAUACUGGUCACCUAACUUUGAGCCUUUACAUGGUUCUCUGCAACAAAGCAAUGGGCAAAAAUAUCUUGAACCAUGCGCCAAUGAGACAUAGUAGAGGUUGUGACGUCCAUUCAAUCCUCGACCACUUGACUCAUUCUUUGUUCAACCACAGAUCACCGACAAUGGCAGGCGGGCUUUUCUCCAUCCAUCGGGAUUUCUUCAAGCACCUUGGUAUGUAUGACCCUGGAUUUGAAGUGUGGGGAAGCGAGAACUUGGAAAUCUCAUUCAAGAUAUGGCAGUGCGGAGGAAAAAUAGAGGUCGUCCCAUGUUCUCAUGUCGGUCACAUUUUCAGAAAGAAAUCACCAUAUUUUGAUAAAUCUAACCUGGGCUCGAUUUCGCGUAACGUAUUGAGAGUAGCGGAGGUGCUUCUGGAUGGGUACAAGGACCUUUAUUACGCCUAUAGUCCACAAAAACGACAGGUGAAAUCAAAUUAAUAUUAUUAACAUUAGU